UAACACAUUUAGAUGGGCCUUACUCACUGUUGCACAUAAUCCGUUUGCCAGCCUGGACCCUGGAUUAUGGCACAUCUAACAGGAUAAUAGACGCUCAGAGGGAGCGUGAAGCAACAUGAAUGAAACUCAACAGAAUGCUGUGUUUUUUUCAGUCAGAGUCGACAGCCUCCAGGGUGUUUCUUUUAUAUUAUGUGAUGAGGACUAAAUUCAAGAAAACACUGUUGUGGAUGUUUUGCAGAAAUAAUCCACAACCUUCAGGCCCUUUUAAAAAAAGGAGGAAAAUACUAUUUUAAACUUUCAGGCUACUAAAUAAAACCCAUCCUGUGAUGUCAUGCAAAUAAAUAAUGUACAUCUUUAGAGCACAUUCGUGGAAGCUCAUCCCCCCACAGUCACCACCACCCUCUUCUGCUCUUCAUUUGUUUUCCCCACGCACUUCUUCUGUUUCCAGUGCGUGCGUGUGUGUGUGUGGAUAUUUGAGUGAAUGAACGGUCGGCUGACUGCGAAAGGGAAUGGAGGGAUGAUCCUGUGGGAAUGAAGCACCUCCCCUUUAAUCGCUCGGUUGACUUGCUGCUGCUGGAGCUGUUGUCGCUCUUCACUCGCACAUUCGCCUUCCGUGGGUUGAGGGUCUCGGCGCGUGUUAGCGCUCUCGUGUUUGUCCGUGGAAAAGUGCCGUUGCUCAGUUUUAUUUUUUUUUGGAGGAUUAAAGGCCGUGGAAGGUUUCGUCUCCUCUUCUGUGUCGUUUUCUUGUCACAGACAUGAAGAAACGCGGAGUAAAGCAUCCAAAGUGGCAGUAGGUUUGCCUCUCUCUCUCUCCGCCACACAUCAGCACCUUCUGGAAGUGGAGCUGCAAUGGCCAAGUGGCUGAAAGACUACCUGAGCUUUGGCAGCAGGAAAGUGCCUCCACAGCCACCGACGCCAGACUACAGCGAGAGUGAGAUCCUCAAAGCUUACCGGCUCCAGAGGGACUUGGACUUUGAGGACCCCUAUGAGGAAUCUGAGAACAGGUCCAGGGGCGAGUCUGGAGCCUCUGACCCCGCCACACCGGUGUACGGGUCUCCCAUGAAGUCAUCCAGCGUGGAUGGGAGGUCUCCUAAGCACAGACUCAUCAAAGUGGACUCACAGGAGCUUGGGCGCACCAAAAUCCUCCUCAGUGCCCUCUCGAUAGAAGACCAGCAAGAGCCAGUGGUGCCUUCUGCUCCGCUGGCAGGGGACACGGACUAUUCAGACCCAUUCGAUGUUCGGUUAGACCACCGACUAGAGCCGGAUCAUGGACCUGUUCCAUGUGAGAACAACGGCUACAUGGAACCAUAUGAGGCCCAGAGGGUCAUAACAGAACUGCAGCGCGGGCCAGCAGGAGGACGGGCGCGUGGCGGGGUGCAGCUCUACGACACCCCCUAUGAAGAUGAGCGAGGAAAGCACCUGGGCUUUGUGUACGGAGAACCACAGGAGGAGGGCAAGGAGAGCAGCAGGCUGCCGCAAGAUGAUGAGAGACCAGCUGACGAGUACGACCAACCCUGGGAGUGGAAAAAGGACAACAUCUCCAAAGCUUUUGCAGUGCAGUUUGAUGGCGCUGAGUGGGACCGCUCUUCCUCGCCCACGGAACGGUUGCGUCCUCCUCCGGGGCCCAGGUCCAGCCCGCUGGCCGGAGGUGGAAUGAAGUUUCGAAUGCCGCAAGAGGGCCUUGCGAUGAUGGGGGAGAGAGUGGAUCCUGCUGUUCCUCUGGAGAAGCAGGUGUGGUACCACGGGUCACUUUCUCGCUCUGAGGCCGAGUCUCUACUGACGCUGUGCAAAGAGUGCAGCUACCUAGUGAGGAACAGUCAGAACAACCGCUCCGACUUCUCCCUUUCCCUCCGGAGCUGCCAGGGUUUCAUGCACAUAAAGUUCACUCAGUAUAAAGACGGCAAGUACGUGCUGGGACAGAACAGCCCUCCCUUUGACACCAUUCCAGAGGUGGUGAACUUCUACACCACACACAAACUCCCCAUCCGGGGUGCCGAGCACCUGUCACUGCUCUUCCCCGUGCUGGUGCAGACACUCUGACUCACCUGGACACUCCCACUGGACCUCAAGGAUUUUCAUUGAGUUUGGUCACUUGACUGAAUGUUUGACAGGAGCUUUCAUCCAAGGUCCCAUCUCACUAAAAACACACUAAGGGACGAACGCCCUGCUGGAUGGAUUCAGAUGAAAAGCAAUAAGAUUCAAUUCAAGACGUUUAUUGCCAUGUCACCUAAACUUCUGUUUGCUACUUUUGUUAUAUCUCCACAUCUUUUGCUAAAACGGAGACGUAUUGAGUAAUGGAGCAAUCUGAUUUCUUAUGACAUUUCUCACAUCUGUUGUUUCACAAAAAAAAAAAAUAACCCACCCCUUUAACACUGGUAAAAUAUUGCUGUUGUCAGGUGAAAAAAUGUUGUUGUAUUAAGUUAUAUUAUUUCUUCAUUUUAAUAUUUAUACCAUUCAAUAACUAGGGCGAGAAAAGGCUUUGGGUCAGUAAACCCUUUUGUUAAUGUAAAAAAAA